CUCCCUUUCUCUCAGUUCUGCAGUUGCGCUGGUCGGCCGACUUGACCGCUCGCUUGCUCGUCCGCUCGCCCGCUGUCCACCACCGUCACAUCCAUCUAUCGAUCUAUUCCCAUGGCCCUCGUAACACCGACGUCCAUACGCAUCAUUGAUCUCGAUUCAGGCGCGUCGCGACAUGUGUCGUGGGACCCGUCCGUCCCGGACGACGUGUUCGAAUCGGUCUUCGAAGGCACUCUCCGCAACACAUUUGGUAUCACAGACGACUCGUGGGUCGACCUCAUCGACCUCAAUACGUCGAGUUUGGUCCCUAUGAGCAAACACUCGUUCUUUCAACUCACAACCAAGACGCCGGAAGCGCCCCUUGUCCUGACCUUGUCUCCGAAGACCGAAGCACUUGCACCCCUAAAAAAGGACGACAUUGUCGAAGUUUCGUUCCCAGAUCGAUCCCUCGGCAUUACGAUUCGAGACUACCACCGCGAUAAUGUCGUCGUCAAUGCGUUUCGACCAAACUCCGACGGCACUAUGGGCUAUGCACAAUCCACUGGUCUCAUUUCCCUCGGUGAUGUUGUGUACAAAGUUGGUGGCGUCCGCGCCAUCGGACGUCAGUACGACAGUGUGAUCCAGAUGCUCCAGACUCCGAUUCGACCACUGUCUGUUCAUUUCUUUCGACCCCGCAUGCGAGAAGGCCUGUACGCCGUCGAGUUCACGGCACCCGCACUCAACAUGACCAUCACAUGCGACGACGACCGAGUCCUCGUCUCGCGAUUGCCGCAAUCGAUUCCUAACGUCAUGGGGUUUGCCGAGUCGCGCGGCGUCCGCAUUGGCGACAGUAUCCAUGCAAUUGACGGCAACAUUUUGAACGGCCCCGAGUACGCGCGCGCCGUGAGCUUGUUGAAGCGGUCGACACGGCCGUUAGUGGUCGUGUUUUGGCGCGCCAGUGUCCAACCCCAGUACUUGAUGCAGUACCUCGAAAAUUCCACGCCGAAGAGCUCCAGUCAGCGACAUUCGGUGGCAUCGUGGUCAGCCCCGUCGCCCACACCAUCCCCUCGUCCGUCGCUUCAGAAGGUUGUCAAAGGCCCGUUCAACCUCAAGGAGCCCCACUCGCCUGGAAGUUAUGACGCAUACAACAACAACAUGACGGCGACAGGGCAAGGCGGGAGUUUGUUUGGCGACUCCAUGGCGAUUGCCGACAUGAUGGACUAUUGUGACACCGUCGCGUCGGUCGGGGUGGUUACGAUGCCGGAAGCGUCCAUCCUCAAGGACAUGUUGGCAGCGGGCCGUGGCGACCUGGCCAGCGCAAUUCGCCACCGCAACAAGAACGCGAUCGUGGCGUUGGUGCGGUCGCCCACGAUGCACGUGUGGGACCAGCUCUUGAAGACCCGCGAACGCGUCGUGCUGGCAGGCCCCGUCGCGAGCAAGAAAUCGAAGCGGUACCAUUUGAUUUUGACGGAUCACGAGCGCCUCUUGUUUGUAAACAAGAAUACCAACGCGCUGGAAGACGAGGUCCUGUGCAGCCACAUUGUCACGGUCAGCUCGCGCACGAAACUGCAGGAAGUCAUUAUUUCGACCACCAAGACCGAGUACGUCUUGCUCGACAGCUUUAUCGGGCCCAGCGUGUGGGUGCGUGCAAUUCUCCCGUUUACACACACCCAGGGGUACCUCAAGGUCGACCACAACCCGAACGCGUCGUUGCUCGGGCCCAAGAAGCGCUACUUCCUCCUCAAGAACGAUCUCUUGUCCGAGUUCAAGAAGGACUCGACCAACGACAAGCCGUCGCAUGUCGUAUCCAUGGUCCAUUCGCAAGUGCGUGCCAUCGACGCCAAGGCGUUCAAGUUUGAAAUUACGACCUCGACGGGGUCGUCCAAGCCCGUCAAGUUGAGUUUGGUUGCCCCAAGCGCACGGGAGUACAACAAGUGGAUGGCGUCGUUGCAGGCGCUCCAGGUUGCCCACCAGCAACAGAGCCAACACGCCAUGCCCGCCGCCUAGAAUCUAUCGUUGUCCGUGGUCUCUCUCUAUAUAUCUAACUUAUCAACUCGUUUGUACCCA